GCGAACUGCUAUAUUCUGGGGUCCUGUAACCCUUAGGUAAACCGGUGUUGCGCACCGGUGUCUCCUUCACGUCGCCCUACAGCUGUAGAAGUCUUUCGGUUUUCAUUUCACGAUCAUUUGUCAGGGCUGUAAAAGUACUCCUGCAAAUUGCAAUAAUGUCAGUCCCUCCAACAUAUGGCGACCUUGGAAAAUCUGCCAAAGAUAUCUUCAACAAAGGCUAUGGUUUUGGACUUGUUAAACUUGAUGUGAAGACAAAGUCUGACAGUGGAGUGGAAUUCAAAACCUCCGGUCUGUCAAACACUGACACAAGCAAGGUCAAUGGGAGCCUGGAAACUAAGUACAGAUGGGCCGAAUAUGGGCUGACUUUCACGGAAAAGUGGACGACAGACAACACACUUGGAACAGAAAUUUGCGUUGAAGAUCAGAUCACCAAGGGUCUGAAACUUACAUUUGACACUACGUUUUCACCAAACACUGGCAAGAAGAGCGGAAAAGUGAAGACUGCGUAUAAGCGUGACUACAUCAACCUCGGCGUUGACGUGGACUUGGACUUUGCCGGCCCAAUGAUCCAUGGGGCGGGUGUCACAGGCUAUGACGGCUGGCUGGCCGGCUACCAGAUGGCUUUCGACACGGCAAAAUCAAAGCUGACCAUGAGCAACUUUGCCAUUGGAUACAAGACCAAUGACUUCCAAUUGCACACCAAUGUUAACGACGGUUCCGAGUUUGCUGGGACCAUCUAUCAGAAGGUCAACGACCAGCUGGAGACCGCUGUGAACCUGGCCUGGACAGCCGGCAGCAAUGGCACCCGCUUUGGAAUCGGAGCCAAAUACCAACUGGACUCCAACACCUCCCUUUCGGCUAAGGUGAACAACGCAAGCUUGGUAGGAAUCGGCUACACCCAAACUUUGCGGCCUGGUAUGAAGCUAACUCUGUCUGCGCUGGUGGACGGGAAGAGCAUCCAUGCCGGUGGUCACAAGCUAGGCCUGGGGCUGGAGUUGGAGGCAUGAGACCCCUUGGCCAUGUGUGUGUGUUAGUGUUUGUUUCCUACCCUUUCAACAAAUGCUCUCUCCAAGGUAUGGGAUUCCCAGUGCGUUGAAUCCCUGUUGUAGAGCACUGUUGGUCAAAUUUGCACCUCCCUUUGUUUGUUAGGUUCUUCGUUCAGUGUCCUGUGUCGCAUUUAGCAAAUCUUGUAUGAAGUGCAACAUGCAGUUUGGCACCCCCGUUUAAAGGUUGGUAAACCCCCAUUGUAGCAGGGGAGCUCCCAAAUGACACAAAUGUACACCAUCUGAAAACAGUGAUUUUGGGGUUUUACUUGCUCAGUAACUUGCUCGCAAAUCUGGUUUAAAAUCAUGUUAAUUAUUUAAGAGUUGUAAUGCUAAGCACUAGAGCUGGAUGGUAGAUAGAAUCACAUGUCGAGCCUUGAGAAUGAGGAGCUGGAGAACCAUAAUGGGCCAUGGCCUUAAUAAUGUUUAAUAUAAUAUUCUACAUCCAAGAAACCGAAAACUAUAGAGGACCAAAUGUGCCACGGAAAGGAUUAAUUGAAAUUGAAUCUAUGCUUUACUAUUAAAUUAAGCUCUCGUUGCAUUGCAAAAACAAGUCCAGCUGUAGAAACAGAUUUAAUGCAUACUUUCCCCUCAUUAAAUGGCGACCCUGCUAUUGCCAACCUGCAAGUUGCUCCUUAACUUAAGUUCCACUUUGUGUUGUAAUGCAGUGUAUAAUUAUCAUUCAUGAAUGGAAGUCGCCAUUAC